GUGACGCUCACAAACUAUUCGCUGCAUGAAAAGGCACCUUAAUGGACAACAGAAAAUCACCAGCUAGUGAGAAACAGCGUGAGUGAGAGGAAAGUUCAGAUGGCGGUACUGUAAACUUCGCUGUCUUUAGGCAUGCGCACUCCAUUUGGUGGUCGGGUCACUCGGGAUCGGGCCGAGAUUUUGAUCUCGAGGAGAAUAAUCGCGUUUCUCUCAAGCGUCUCUCAAGCGCGACGUGAUCCAAGUAAAUUUGAGGGAAGAAUGGUGUUCCAAACAAACGAUAUUAAUAACGAGCUGUGGUACUGUGCUCGUGAAGAAACUGAUAUCUAAGGAAAAAGGAAAAAGAACGCGCCAAGUUUCACAAAAUGUUAGUUAUCGGCGUGAAAGAUUUGAAGACUUGACAAGUAUCGUAACUAACACCGAUUAUUUUAGCCAAACUGUCAUUAUUAUAUGAAUACUGUUAAGAUUAUAGCGUACUUUGAGUAGAGUAACAGAGAAAAUUGUCUAUGAUGACUUCGGAACAAGUUAGCCAUCGCGCGAUAGUAAUUACCUCGGAAGAGACUCGACAAGCAGCUACCAGUAGUUUGGAGGCAGAAAAUAAUGGUAUUGAUACAAAUGCAACAAAGUCGCACAAUCCACAACGAAGUCGACAAACCAAUCUUCAGAGGAUACAGCAACGCAAACAACAAAUGUACAAUUGGCCACAAAUCAAGAAAUUAUUCAAGCUUGCAUCCUACAGUGCUUGUCAGGUGGAAGAGUGCAAAUGUUACGGUUGGAAAAGUACGCAGCAAUUUACAAAGUCACAGAAGGACGAGGCGCAGCAGUUUGUUAUAAAUCUCUCUGAUUUCUGCAAGAUGUGUACUCAUACCGUAGAAGAUCACGUUAAGCAUCUAUCGACCCAGCCUGACGAAGAGAUCAACAGAUUAUUAGGGAUGGCUCUCGACGCGGAUAACAUUUUCAUGAGUAUACACAGAGAGGAAGAUUCCGAUACCAAAAAGGUAUAUUUUUAUCUGUACAAGUUGCUGAGGAGGUGCAUCAUGUCCCUGACAAGACCGGUUAUCGAAGGCCCGCUUGGACAACCACCGUUUGAAAGACCUAAUAUAGCUAAAGUACUGAUGAAUUUUGUUUUGUAUAAAUUCAGUCACUUGUCGCCGAAAGAAUGGCAAGUUAUGUGCGACAUGGCAAAAAUGCUUCUGCAUUGCCUGAAUCACUGGAACUUUGAGUCACCUAGCGCCAGGCGAGUGACAAUUAGCGUGGACGAAGCAGCCACUUACAAAAUUAAUUACACUCGUUGGCUCGUCUUUUGCCAUGUACCUGCAUUUUGCGACUCGUUAACGCGUCACGAUACACCUUUAAUUUUUGGGAAAACUUUGUUACAAGCUGUGUUCAAGCCACUUUGCAGACAAUUGACGGACAAGUGUCACAACGAGAGAGACAGAUUGACACCGGAGAAGAGAGUUCUGAUCUUGACGCAUUUUCCCAAGUUCCUCUCGAUGCUGGAAGUAGAGAUUUACUCGGAUAAUUCAGUCAUCUGGGAUCCCGAGUUCAAGCAAGUAUUGCCUUCUCAUCUUCAAGUGGUCUUAGAACCGAAAGGUCACCAAACGAGAAAGGCGGGAGAAUUCGAGAAGAUUACUUGUACGCCUAACGAGAGGGAUAAUUACACCACGAUAAAUAUUAGCCCCGGGAUGAGAAAACUUGCUGAGAAACGUUCCUGCCCCGAAGGAUUGCCCGACGGGGUGAAAAAGCGAAAGAUCGAAGAGGCCUUCGAGGAUGUGCCAGACGAGACCGUUGCUGAAAUAGUUGCGACGAUUAACGAUCCGAAUUAUAUGUGUGGUCCUGAUGCGGUUUUCCCGCCGGAUGUCCCGCGCGACGAAACUGCGAAACUCGAGCAAAGUCGGAAGAUUGUAGAGUUUCACGUUGUUGGAAACAGCCUUACGCAACCUGUGUCUAAGCAAACUAUGCUUUGGCUGAUUGGAUUGCAUAACGUAUUCAGCCAUCAAUUGGUCAGAAUGCCCAAAGAAUAUAUAUCCCAGUUCGUGUUUGAUCCGAAACACAAGACACUAGCUCUGAUAAAGGGUGGCCGUCCGAUCGGCGGCAUCUGUUUUCGCAUGUUUCCCACUCAGGGUUUCACCGAGAUAGUGUUCUGCGCGGUCACGAGCCAGGAGCAAGUGAAAGGCUACGGCACGCACUUGAUGAACAUGCUGAAAGAUUACCACAUUAAGAGUAACAUACUACAUUUCCUUACGUUCGCCGAUCAGUUUGCCAUCGGAUAUUUUAAAAAGCAAGGAUUCAGCAAAGACAUCAAACUACCGAAGCUCAUGUACCAAGGCUAUAUCAAGGAUUACGAAAGAGCGACGUUGAUGCACUGCGAACUAAAUGCUAAGAUCGUCUAUACCGAAUUUACAGCGGUUUUAAGAAAACAAAAGGAAAUAGUGAAGAAACUGAUUUAUCAGAGGCAACAGGAAAUACGGAAAGUUCAUCCCGGCUUGACGUGUUUCAAGGAGGGUGUUAGAGGCAUCCCCGUGGAAGCGAUCCCAGGAAUUCGUGAGACCGGAUGGAAGAGUUACGCGCAAACGAGAACGCGAGGCGUAACCAAGGGAAUGCAAGGUUCCGAACUCGCGGAUUGCGCGGACAUGUCGGAUUCUCUGUACAACGCACUGUACAGUGUUUUGAACAGCGUGAAGAAUCACAGCACAGCCUGGCCGUUCCUAGAACCGGUGAAUAGAGACGAGGUUCCAGACUACUACGAUCAUAUCAAAUAUCCCAUGGAUCUCAAGACCAUGGAAGAUCGUUUAAAGUCUAGAUAUUACGUCACUAGAAGAUUAUUUAUAGCAGACAUGACGCGAAUCUUUACAAACUGCAGAUUGUAUAAUAGUCUCGACACUGACUAUUAUCGUUGCGCCAAUGCUCUGGAAAAAUAUUUUCAAACGCGUAUGAAAGAGAUCGGUCUAUGGGAUAAGUAGAAUCUUUGAAUUUUCAGCUUGUGAUACGACAUAUAUAAUACGAUAUAUAUGAUAAAAAGAGAAGGAAAGAGGGGAAAUACAGAUACAAUAGAUAAUA